AUGCCGAAUCUUCACUCCUUGCCUGAGGGUACCUGGCCCGAAAGCGCUAUACGUAACAAUGGGCCAGACAACCUCGUUCUCGAACGUGCUAAACUCCGCGAACUAGCUGAAGGCUGGCCCUGCUACCGAGAUGCAUGUGAAUGGGAGAAUUUCGAAUCGAUUUUCCACCCAGGAGCAUACGUGUAUACCACAUGGUCUGGUCGGGUAUCUUACUUGGACUUCAUGGCAGCCUCCCAAGCCGGCAUGGAUAAAGGGGCUUUUAUAAUGCACCGAUGCCAUGGUGUCACAACUGAUAUCACUCCUGAUGCUACUCGCGCUGUGACCAAGAUGAAGGCUACAAUUACACAGCGAUUCAAAAUCGAAGGAGUGGAGGUGGAUGCAGAGGCGGAUUGCCGAUUUUGCUUUUUCUUUGAAAAAGUUGAUGGUCGCUGGGGCGCUCGAUUUGUGAGACACUGGUACGAGAAAGACAAGCUGCUGCCUGUUAUUCCAAAUCAGUUCCCAGAAAUCAACGUCGAGAAACUCAACUCGUACCCCGAAGGAUACAAGUGCUUGGCGUAUUGUCAGGAGCUCACUAUGGGAGUCACAGUGUUGAAAGACAUGCCGGGUCAUAGGCGACAUGAAGGAACUGCCUGUGGACAGAAGCAUGAUUUGUUGUACCGCCUUGCUAAAGAAUGGUUGGAAGGCAAGGAAAUUGAGGUCUAG